GGGGGGGGGGGGGGGGGGGAGGGGAGGGGAGAGAGAGAGAGACAGAGAGAGAGAGAGAGGUUGGAGAAGCAGCCAGUCACUCGUCCCUCACUCCAGGCUCUAAGUUUAUAGGCAGCCAGGCAGAUUUUCUUGGCUUAGACGCAGCGCUCAUGACAGGAUUAGGAGCCGGGGACGCAGGACCAACCGGAGAUCUGCAGGUCCUAUUGGACGAGCCCGGGCCAGAUUCUCUUCCUGCAACGCUGUGACCGGCAUCCCGUGUCCUGUCAAACCAAUCCUCCAACAACAGUCUUCCAAAGUUGACCUGAUUACCGAGACGCCUCCUUUCCUCUCACCUCCCAUCAUGCAUCUCCUCACUCCCCUUCUUCUUUUGCUGCUCCUCCGGUCAGCUGAGCUCCGGAGAGGCCCUCGGUCGGGGGCUGUGGAGAGGGGCUCUAGGGGCCAUGUACGGGGCAGAGGCAGGGCCGGAGUGAUGAGACGUCAAACUCAGGAGUGUAAGGAAUACAUGGAGGCAGGAGAGAAGUACCUGGACUGCCAGGACAGGCAGCUGACCACCGUGAUGCAGGACUGGCCUAAAGAUAUUCACCACCUGCUGUUGGCAAGAAAUAAGAUUCAGGUUUUGAGGGACAACAUGUUUUCCCAGUUCACCCAGCUGAAGAGCCUGGACCUCCAGCAGAACGAUAUUUCCAUGGUGGAGGACGGGGCAUUCAGCGGCCUCUCCCAGCUCACCACACUGCUCCUCCAGCACAACGGACUGAAAACUGCCACCGAGGAGGUCCUGCUCCCCAUGCCACGCCUCACCUACCUCCGUCUUUAUGACAACCCCUGGAGCUGUCACUGCCCAUUGGACAGCCUGGUCAGGACCCUUCAGGUGCCUAGCAACCGCAACCUGGGCAACUACGGCAAGUGUGCGGAGCCCCAGUCGCUGAGGGGCCAGAAGCUCAGGAAGCUGAAUGUGGACUCAUUGUGUGCGGACCACAAACCGGUGGGGGGCGGAGAAGGUGGGAAGCCUCCGCCAAACAAAGAAAAACCAGAGGCCCCGUCCAUGUGCCACACCUACAUGUUCCCAAAACCUCUGCUGGACUGCAGCAACAAAGAUUUGAAUGACAUCCCGUCUGACCUGCCAGCCGACAUAGUGAAGAUGGAUCUGUCCUGGAACACCAUCAAACAUCUCAGGCCCAAACAGUUCCUGCUGUCCAAAGACCUCAAAAUGCUCAACCUUAGCGGCAACAGCCUACAUCGUAUAGACACAGGUGCAUUUGCAGGCCAGCUGUACCUCCGUGAGCUCGACCUGUCCAACAACAGCCUCCACUACUUCCAGUACGGCGUACUUGAGGACCUCUACUUCUUACGGAAGCUCUCGCUGGAGAACAACCCCUGGAUCUGCGACUACAACAUCCACUACCUGAUCUACUGGCUCAAGCACCACCCUGGCGUCUUCUACACUGGCCUGACCUGCUCCGAGCCACAGGAGUUCAGGGGCUGGCGCGUCGAGGAUUAUGUCAAGACCUACAAUGGGGAAUGUCCCAUUGAUAAACAAACUGGAGGGAUGGAUACGGGACAGGGAGGACAAGGGGGGACGGACAAUGAGGCACUGGAGGGGGUGGUGGAUAUGGGUGAUGGGCAGGGUGAGCGUUUGCCUCGGCCCCUGAAAGAGAAGAAGCCCAACAGGUUUGAGAUCAUCAGGCUGAGUUAGAAUGGAGGUGGCUCAGCAGACUGGUGUGGUUUGGUGUAGAGGUCAAAGGAAUGUUGGAAUAAAAUGCAGGUCUGCAGGGAGGCUGAAGAAUGGAUUAAUAAAGGUAGACUCAGUGAUUUGAUGUUCAAAUACAAAUGUGAUAUGUAUAAAAGUACAAUUUUGGGGGGAAAAUUCCUUUUCUUUUUAGUAAACAACAUUUUCCACCUUGUAUGGGCAACUAAUUUUUGGUACUUUUUCUGAAAGGAUUAGUAAUUUGAAUUUCAUAUUGUUUGGAGCUAUUUUGGAGCUUUUGAUUUUUCUUUUUGCAACCCACAUCUCUCUUUGAAUUUCCCAAUUAAUGAACUGCAGGUGCUCUUAUUUUUUCUGUUACAGCCAUUUUGGUAUUGAGUUCAGGACAUACUUUUUUUUCUUCUAAAAAGUAGUUUUGGUCUUUUUGUAUUAAUAAAUGUACAACUUUGUCUACCUGUUUUCUAGAAAUAAAUUGGUUUUAUUU